AUGGCCGGCGAGCUGAGUAUCGGACCCGAGCUGCCCACCAGCCCCUUGGCCAUGGAGUACGUCAACGACUUCGACCUGAUGAAAUUCGACGUGAAGAAGGAGCCCCUGGGCAGAGCCGACCGGCCCGGCCGCCACUGCACCCGCCUGCAGCCAGCCGGCUCCGUCUCCUCCACCCCUAUCAGCACGCCCUGCAGCUCGGUGCCCUCCUCGCCCAGCUUCAGCCCCACCGAGCAGAAGACCCACCUGGAGGACCUGUACUGGAUGGCCAACAGCUACCAGCAGAUGAACCCCGAGACGCUCAGCCUCACCCCGGAGGACGCGGUGGAAGCCCUCAUCGGGUCCCACCAGAUGCCCCAGCAGCUGCAAAGCUUUGAGAGCUUCCGGGCCCACCACCACCACCAUCACCAGCAGCAGCACCACCACCAGUACCCGGGGGUCACCCACGAAGACCUGGCCAACAGCGGGCACCCGCAUCACCAUCACCACCACCACCAUCAUCAUCACCAGGCGUCUCCCACCCCUUCCACCUCCUCCACCUCCUCCCAGCAGCUGCAGAACGCCCACCAGCAGCACCCUUCCUCCAACAGCGUGGAAGACAGGUUCUCGGACGAACAGCUGGUCUCCAUGUCGGUGAGGGAGCUCAACAGGCACCUGAGGGGCUUCACCAAGGACGAGGUGAUCCGCCUCAAGCAGAAGAGGAGGACGUUGAAGAACAGGGGCUAUGCCCAGUCCUGCAGGUAUAAGCGAGUCCAGCAGAAGCACCACCUGGAGAACGAGAAGACCCAGCUGAUCCAGCAGGUGGAACAGCUCAAGCAAGAGGUGACCCGGCUGGCCAGAGAAAGAGAUGCCUACAAGCUCAAGUGUGAGAAACUUGCCAGCAAUGGCUUCAGGGAGGCCGGAUCCACCAGUGACAACCCAUCUUCUCCUGAGUUCUUCAUGUGA